AAUAUUUUGAAUAUCAUAAAUUUGAUAACCUUAUUUAAAUUAGCAUCAUGAACUUUAAAGAUUCUAUAAAUAUUGCUUAUUGUAAAAUAAAUAACUAAAAAUUUAUUAUUAAAUGAAUAAACAAGGAACAGCUCAAAUGUCGCUCAAUAAUGACUUUGAUAGACUAUUUGAAGAUGUCGAGCCUCUGCAUUGGGGAGCUUUACGGGAAUUAUGUCAUGCUAAUGCAGAAUACUUUGGGUCACAUCAAGAUGAGAAUAGUGUCAGAAUUAGGGCUGCACUUAUGGCUAUAUUAGAUCAUUUGGUACAGUUACAACCAUUAUAUAAAGAAAUUAGUAGAAUUGCACCAUUGUUUGAUCUUGAUGUGCAAACACCUGGCAAUGGAUAUAGAAGUUUCUUGGUACUAAUAGAUAAGUGUAUUAUACAUUCUCGUUCAAUUUGUCAUCAAAUAUACUGUCAAAAAGAUUCUAUAUUUUUUCGUAAAAGUUAUCACAUGAGAGAAAUUGAAGCUUGUUCACAACUGUUGGCAUCUUUGUGCACUUGCUUAGAGCACUUACAAACGCUUUAUUCAUGGAGUGAACACAUAAGUGAUGGGAAACCAUCUUUAUUUAUAGGAGAUAAUCACAAUCCACAUGAAAUGUUAAAUAAAAUAGAUACUAUUAAUCAAUAUUGUUUCUAUGGCAGGUGUUUAGGAUUUCAGUUUCAUGAUAACUUAAAGCCUAUUUUAAAAACUAUAAUGGUCUGUAUGGCAACAUUUAGUGAAGCAUUUUAUGCUAAUGGCACAUUGUUAGCAAGAUGUGCUAAUUCUGUUAAGUAUAUGUUGGAUCCUGAAACAAGGGCACGUCGUAUUGUUGAUGUGUCUCAACGUGCUGAUAUUUCAUUUUGUCAAGCUUUUUGGUUUCUCAAUGAGAAUGAUAUUGCACGCAGAUUACCUACUAUAACAUCUUCUUCUUUAGCAAUAAAUCAAAUAAUUUCUAUUCCACCUGAAGAAUUGAUCCUUCCUACAUUAGGUGGGACAUCUGUGUCAAUUCCUAUACCAAACAGUCAUAUCGGGAAGAAGCCAAUACAUGUUAGACUGUUAAGUUCCAAACGUCGUUUAGGAAUGGUUGGUUCAGGUGGAGUAGGGGGAGAAUUGCAUGGAUUAUCUAAUGAAUUGAUAAUUCAUUGUCAUGGUGGAGGUUUUGUAGCGCAGACUUCAUUGUCUCAUGAAACAUACUUACGCAAUUGGGCCAUAAAUCUUGGUAUACCUAUUUUAAGUAUAGAUUACAGUUUAGCACCCGAAGCUCCAUUCCCUCGUGCACUUGAAGAAGUGUUAUAUGCAUAUGCAUGGGCUUUAAAUCAUGCAAGUACAUUGCUUGGGAGUACAGUUCAAAAAGUACUUCUUGCUGGUGAUUCUGCUGGGGCCAACUUAAAUUUGGGAGUUACUUUAAAAUGUAUACAACUAGAUAUCAGAAAACCUGAUGGAAUAUUUAUGGCUUAUACACCAGUACUUGUCGACUUUGUAUUAUCACCUUCGCGACUACUUUGCCUUACAGACCCAAUGUUACCUAUGGGAUUUCUUAUACGUUGUUUGAAAGCAUAUGCUGCUUCAGAUAAUAAAAACAUUAUGCGGGAAAAAGAACAUGACAUCGUUGAAUGUGUAAAAUCAGAUACAGAAUCUUUUGCUGAAGUAAGUGAAAGUGAUCUAAUUGCAUUAGCCCUCAGUCCUAAUGGAGAUGAAACAAAUGAUGCAAAUAAAUUAGCAUCUUUACCAUCUGAUUCUACUUUGAAUUCCGUUACUUUAACAGAAGCUGAUGGAGCGGAACAUCUACAGGAAGAAGCAAAAUCUCAAGAAUAUAUUAAUAAAUUUUUAGAACUCUAUCGAAAUUGUGGUACAAACGCUUCAACACAUAUUGGAAAUGGCACUGUUAAUACGGAUAACAUUUCAAGGAAUAAGAGAUCAUGGUCCUUUUUUGGAUGGUCUCUCAGUGGAAGGCUCAGAGAAUCCAAAGAACUGGAUACAGAAAAUACAAAAAGUCCUUUAGAAGAGUUUGUAUUCACAGUGCCGAGAGAUCCAUAUUUAAGUCCUUAUCUUGCGUCGGAUAAUCUUUUAGCACAAUUACCACCCGUUAAAAUGCUGACAUUAGAGUUGGAUCCAUGCCUUGAUGACUCUGUCAUGUUUGCAAGGAAACUUCGAUUGCUCGGUGUAUUAGUUACGCUUGAUAUAUUGCCAGGUUUACCGCAUGGGUUUCUUAAUUUAACACCGGUUUCAAAAGAAGCAUCCGAAGGAUCAGAUUUAUGUGUGAAAAGAUUGCAGGAACUAUUAGCAUCAUAAUUAUAUGCAUGUAGCAAAUACUCAUUAAAGUAUAAACGUUAAUA